GGUAGCUGAACAGUUAAGAUAUCACAUACCCAAGAGGAGGAAAGGAAACUAGAAUCUAGCCGUGUAGAGUGAGGACUUGUGUGUGUGUGAUUUUGAAAAGAAAACAGCACAAUGUCUUCAGCGACAGCUACAGCUUCUUUACCCAGUGGUGCUACAGUCCUGGCUUCAUUUCCUGACAUUCUUGUUAUUCCUGAGUUUGUCUUUGGUGGCCUGGUCUGGAUCCUUGUGGCUUCUACCAAAGUUGUUGAUCACUUGAGUCAAGGCUGGGUGAUGUUUGUCUCGGUGUUUUGCUUUGUAAUUUCUACACUUCUUUUCCUCUUAUAUUUAUGUGGAGCUCACGGUGGAAAAAGUGCUUGGGUUGCUUUGGAUGCUUUCUACCAGGUAAUUGCAUCACUUUUCUAUUUGAGUGCAGCAGUUUUGCAAGCCUACAUUACAAUAGGGCUUAAGGAGUUUCCUGCUUUGUUCAAGGAGUAUCAAAUAGAUAUAGCAGCUGUGGUUUUUGCAUAUGCAGUCACACUGACUUAUGUUAUCCAUAUGGUGUUCUCCCUGCUGAGAUGGAAAUCUUCUUAAACCCCAUGUUCUAUGGAUUUUACAGACAUAUGUGUGUGUGUUUUUUUUUUGUAAAGAACUUUCUUUAGAAAUCUUAUAUAAAAAUAAUGUACUUUAUUACGUGUUAACGGUAAAUUUCUUUAUUAAUAUUUACUCCUAAUCGACCCCCCGGAUUCCAAGUCUUUGUUAGAAGAGAGCGAAGGAAACUCAGUAUAUCUACCUUAAAAUAUAUUUGUAUUUACAAUGCCUUUUAUGUAAAUGGACAAUAAAUGGUAAUUUACAGUUAUGUAAAUUGUACAAUAAAAAGCUUCAAGUUCAACUUUUA